AUGUCAGGUUUUCAGAUCACAUUAUCAACAGUUGGUUACGGUGAUAAAACACCCGAAACGUGGCCUGGUAAAAUAAUUGGUGCUUGUUGUGCGCUGUUGGGCAUCUCAUUCUUCGCGUUACCUGCUGGUAUAUUGGGUAGUGGUUUCGCACUGAAGGUGCAACAACAUCAACGCCAAAAGCAUUUGAUACGAAGACGAGUGCCUGCGGCUCGACUCAUUCAGUGCUUAUGGCGACAUUAUGCGGCCAUACCCGAAAGCUGUUCGGUAGCCACCUGGAAGGUGCAUCUAGCACCUCAACAGUCAACCGGGUCCGUUUCAGUCUAUGCAAAAAGCACACCAUCAACGAAACCACAUUAA